UUAGGAUUGAGAGCCUGCAGGAGAAAUUGGAUGCCACGUCGACUGGAACUCGGACGUUUUCGCUUACGGUAGUUAGUUUUUCUGCAUAGCAAAGCAGAUAACACCCACCUCUUAGUGUUUAACUAUUUUAAAAUGAUGCUGGGAUUUUGGUUGUGCUUAAUACCGGCUCUACUAUUUUGCCUUCAUGGCGCAAAACUUCCAGAGCCAGAGGUGAAAAGUGAGGUUUUGUACAAACCUUUUCUGUGUCAUCGAAAAACCAAAUAUGGGGAUAUGCUUCUGGUGCAUUACGACGGUUUUCUGGAGAGUAACGGCACAAUGUUUCAUUCCAGUCGUCAAGAAGGUGAUAAACACCCAGUUUGGUUUACCCUUGGGAUUCGGGAGGUGAUCAAAGGAUGGGACAAGGGACUUCAGAACAUGUGCGCAGGUGAGAAAAGGAAGCUGACCAUCCCACCAUCUCUGGCAUAUGGAAAGGAGGGCAAAGGAAAGAUCCCACCAGAGAGCACUCUGAUCUUUGAGAUAGAGCUGAUAGAGAUCAGGAAUGGCCCCAGGUCACACGAGUCCUUCCAGGAGAUGGACCUUAAUGAUGACUGGAAGCUCUCCAAAUCUGAGGUUAAAGAGUAUCUGCGUAAAGAGUUUGAGAGACACGGAUACCCUCCCAAUGACACUCAUCAUGAAGCCAUGGUGGAAGACAUCUUUAAGCAGGAGGAUGACGACAAGGACGGUUAUAUAUCUGCACGAGAAUUCACAUACCAACAUGACGAGUUAUAGAAACCAGUUACUCUCUUGCCAUUAGCAGUGUUCAACUUUAAAGAGAAAUGUUAAAUACAAUCUGUUAUUAUUGGUUUACAUUUAUAUAAGACAAACUUCAGUAUCUGAAAAUGAGAAAGAUGUCUGUUACAGUUUAUGAAAACGAGGAUCUGCGUGCAGUUAUGCAUAUGCUCAUGCCUGCUGUGAAUUUCUUCUUGAAAAUAACACAAAAAUGACCUUUUGCCUCCUUUUGAUGUGUUGAAAGAUCAAAAUCAUCUGCUAAAUUCAGCCAUAAUCCCUUGUACACUCCAAGAACUGUGAAAGGUGUGUGGCUUUUUCUUUUUUUUAUCCAGAAAGCCUGUUACCUGAAAUAUGGCACACUUAUAGGAUAACCUGUAAGAUAUUUUCAAUAUAUGUUUACAUUUUGCUGUUUUUCAACAUGUUACUUACUUCAGAAUGGAUCUAACUUGUAUAAAAGUUUUUUGUUAAUGCAUUACCAUGUAAAUAUGAUGUUUUACUGCUCAUAUACCUGAAUGAAGGGAACUUUAAGUAGUACUUUUACAUUGUAUUGUGCCGUACAAAUGACAAGACACAACUGCAGGAUUGUAGGAUGAAUGGAGCGACAAUUAAAAAUAAGGAAUGAACAACAUGUUAGCUCAGGAGUACUACAAACACACACAGACUCACAACUAAAGCUGAAGAUUGGAGCAAGGCCUAAUAAUCAGGAAUGCUACAGAGACAACAUGAGGGCUGGAGUAACAGUCACAAGUAACUAAAUCACUCUUACCAGCUGAAGAAGACUAAGGUGUCUUUGAUUAGCAGUAAGCACAAAGCGGUCAUUUCAGACACCGCCAGCAGGAGAUGCUCUUAACUCAGUAAAUGAAUCCAGUGACUGAUGAGAGAGCAUUAGCUGAGUUACAUAAAUCUUCCAAAUAAAAACAUAACUCAGUUGG